ACCAUCGAUUUUACUCUCACUGUUCACUAUCCAAAGGACAGAUUCGAAUUCAGCUCAAGCUCAAGCUCUGUUAUGCGUUGAUGUAGCAAAACAAAUAAAAAAAAAUGGUUCGUUGUCUCUCAUCGUGCUUGUUCGCCGUGGUUCUGGUCAUGCUUUCGAUUCGAGAAACGUGGUCGCAGUUAGGUUCUGGUCCGCACAUUACCGACGUCAAUAUACUGUUGCCUCCGAGGAUGAAGAACCCAGUGGAGUAUCGGCUUCAAGGAAGUGAUGGCUGCUUCAAAUGGUCAUGGGAUCAUCAUGAUAUUCUGUCUGUCACGCCUGAGUUUAAUUCGAGCAGUCAUUGCUCCACCAGCGCGCGUCUAAGAUCGAUUUCACCUUAUAGCGGCAGGAAGGAGACUGCAGUUUACGCAACUGAUAUACAGACGGGGAUGGUGAUUCGCUGCAAGGUGUUUAUUGACAACUUCUCACGGAUUCAGAUUUUUCAUAAUUCUAUCAAGCUUGAUCUUGAUGGUCUUUCCAUGCUUAGAGUCCGCGCUUUUGAUAAUCAAGAAAACGAAUUCUCCUCACUGGUGGGUCUACAAUUCAUGUGGAAGCUAAUGCCUGAAAGUGGUGGAACAACGCAUCAUCUUGCUCAUGUGCCUUUGAAAGAUUCUCCUUUGACUGAUUGUGGGGGACUCUGUGGCUACCUGGAUAUCCAGAAAAAGCUUGAAGAUAGUGGGGUAUUUGCAGAUUUGUUUGUGGUCAAGGGCACCAAAAUCGGACAUGAGAAGGUUUCAGUUCAUCUCUUGGAGGCACCGCUUACCCAUAUAGCCGAUGAAAUAGUACUAACGGUAGCAGAGGCCAUGUCACUUGAACCUCGUUCACCAGUUUAUGUCCUGAUGGGAGCUUCUUUUGGUUACACUUUAAAGGUCAUGCGUGGGAAUGUUCCUCAAGCUGUGCAUUUACCAUCAUCACAUCAUAGAUGGUCUGCGUUGAACUCCUCGGUUGUUCAAGUGGAUUCUUUGAUAGGUCUGACUAAAGCAUUAAGCUUGGGGGUAACAACAGUUGUUGUUGAAGAUACCCGGGUUGCUGGCCACAUUCAAGGAUCAUCUAUUAAUGUUGUCACUCCAGAUGCUUUUAUAUUGUACAUAUCACCUUGGUCGACGUCAGGGGAUCCUACUACAGAACUGAAAUCUUUUCCGUCAUCUAUGCAUUGGUAUGUGGUCUCUGGUCGUCAGUAUCUAAUUCAGAUGAAGAUUUUCUCUGGAAGACCUGAUGCACAUGAAAUUUUUAUAACUGAGACGGAUGAUAUCAAACUGUAUGGAGAAGAGACAGAUUACUGGAAAAUCGUCUCAGUGCCAGAUGAUCUUUCCUCUGAAUAUGGUUGGCGAAAUUCUAGAAUUUUGAAAGCAGUCUCACCAGGAUUAGGAGAGCUGACAGCUACAUUGACUUACUUCAAUGGGCAUCAGAAUUCAAAAGAGGUUCUCAAGGUUGUCCAAGACAUUAUGGUUUGUGAAAAGGUGCAGUUCACAUUGAACAGUGAAGAUGACACAUCUAAGAUUCUACUCCCUUGGACCCCUGCUGUAUAUCAAGAGAUGGAGCUACUUGUGACAGGAGGUUGUGCGAAAGCAUCGAGUGACUACAAAUGGUUUACUUCAGAUAUGAGCAUUUUGUCUGUGUCAGCUUAUGGAAUUAUCCAGGCAAAGAGGCCUGGAAUAGCCACUGUAAAGGUGGUGUCGACUUUCGAUUCACAAAAUUUCGAUGAGGUUAUUGUUGAAGUUUCCAUUCCAUCAUCUAUGGUUAUGUUGCAAUACUUUCCAGUGGAGACAGUGGUUGGAUCACACCUGCAAGCAGCUGUCACAAUGAAGGCUUUAAAUGGUGCCGCGUUCUCUAGAUGUGAUGCUUUCAAUUCAUUGAUAAAGUGGAAGACAGGGAGUGACUCUUUUGUUAUAGUUAAUGCAACAUCCGAGAUGAUGAUGUUGGAAGAAUUAAGAAGCACGGAGUCUAGUCCUCCUUGUUCUCGGACUUAUAUAUAUACUUCUUCUCCUGGCCGCACAGUGCUACAAGCAACUCUGGCGAAAGAGUUCCAUUAUUUUGAUAAGUCAUUAAGUGAAUCAAUUGAUUUGAAAGCAACCUCAAGUAUCGGGGCCUAUCUGCCACUUACUAUCAGACAAGAUAGUGAUGGGAAUCAUCAUGGUGGAUAUUGGUUUGAUAAGACACAAGAAGAAACUGAUAUUGGGAUCAGUAACAUCUAUCUUGUACCUGGGACAUAUGCUGAUGUGAUGCUUCUGGGGGGGCCCGAAAGGUGGGAUGACAAUGUUGAGUUCACCGAGACUGUGACUAAAGUGAAUGAAGAUAAGGAGGAUCUUACAAAUGGAGAUAACAUCCAUCACAACUUUGACCGCCAUGUUAACAUGUUUAGAGUUUCGUGCCAGACGCUUGGUUCUUAUAAAUUGGUCUUCCAGCGUGGAAAUCUGGUGGGGGUAGACCAUCCGUUACCUGCAGUAGCAGAAGCUUCCUUAUUUGUCCUAUGCAGCUUACCAUCCUCUGUUGUGCUCAUUGUUGAUGAACCUUUUAACAAGCUUGAUGUGAUUAGAGCUACUAGUCUAGCUGACAGGGCACCAGGACGACUUCGUGUAACUCCUGUGACUGUAGCAAAUGGGCAAAUAAUUCGAGUUGCUGCUGUUGGUAUUAGCGACACUGGAGAAGCUUUUUCAAACUCAUCAACUCUUUCACUCAGGUGGGAACUGGGUAGUUGCGACAAUUUGGCAUCUUGGGACGAUGAUUAUAAUUCAAAAAUGACAAAGUCUAGCUGGGAGAGAUUUCUAGCUCUUCGUAAUGAAUCUGGAUUGUGCACUGUCCGGGCUACAGUUUCUGGUAUUGAUCAUUCUGGAAAAACCCAAUACUCAUCUCUGCUUCCAGAAGUAUCUGAAAGUACUCUCACAGAUGCUGUACGCUUACAGUUGGUUUCGACACUAAGAGUCACGCCAGAGUUCAACCUGGUUUUUCUCAAUCCUAAUGCCAAGGUUAAUUUGUCAAUGACUGGAGGAAGCUGUUUGUGGGAAGCAGUUGUGAAUGAUUCUCGUGUAGCAGAAGUGAUUAGACCCCCAUCUGGCCUGCAAUGCUCGCAAAUGACCCUGUCCCCAAAAGGGUUGGGGACUACACUUGUGACAGUCUAUGAUAUUGGUGUCUCUCCUCCGCUUUCAGCUCUUGCGGUGAUUAAAGUUGCAGACAUAGACUGGAUAAAAAUUGCAUCUGGGGACGAGAUAAGUAUAAUGGAAGGAAGUACACACUCCUUUGAUCUACUCACUGGCAUUGACGAUGGGACAACCUUUGAUUCGUUGCAGUACCCGCUAAUGGAUAUUAUGGUGCAUAUUGAGGAUGAUCUCGCGGAGCAUAUUUCAGUCAAUAAUAACCCACUUUCUGUUGGUGAACACGUGGCAACUUCUUCAUUCAAAGUAGCUGCUAGACGCCUGGGAAUCACAACACUAUAUGUUAGCGCGAGACAACAAUCAGGAGAUAAGGUGGUGAGCCAAACUAUUAAAGUGGAAGUUUAUGCCCCACCAAGACUUCACCCACAAGGAAUAUUUCUUGUUCCUGGUGCUUCUUACGUGCUCACUGUUGAAGGAGGCCCAACCAUGAAUGUUUCUGUUGACUACACAACUGUGGAUAGCCAAGUUGCAAAGAUCGAGAAAUCAGGACGCCUCUAUGCAACAUCACCUGGCAACACGACAAUCUAUGCAACAAUAUAUGGGAGUGAAGGUACUGUAGUUUGUGAAGCAGUUGGAAAUGCCGAAGUUGGACUUCCUGCUACUGCAACGCUGAUAGCUCAAAGUGAUACUGUGGCUGUUGGCCGUGAAAUGCCUAUAUUUCCAUCCUUUUCUCAGGGAGAUCUUUUGUCUUUCUAUGAGCUCUGCAGAGCAUACCGAUGGACUAUCGAAGAUGAGGAGGUGUUGAGUUUCCGUGUACCGUCUAUUAACGUGGAAGACAAUGCUGGCUUUGUAAAUGUCAUCCAAGGAAGAUCAGCUGGAAAAACCAGAGUAACCAUUGCGUUCUCAUGUGAUUUCGUGUCUCCUGGCUUGUACUCCGAAUCUAGAACAUACGAAGCAUCAAUAGUUUUAUCUGUUGUGCCUGAUCUCCCUCUUUCUCUCGGGGUUCCUAUGACCUGGGUUCUUCCGCCUUUUUACGCGUCAUCUAGUCUAUUGCCAUCAUCUCCUGAAACACCGACGCACAAGGAUGGUCAAAGUCACAGAGGCAAUGUAGUAUAUUCCCUAUUGAAAGACUGUAAUUCUCGGGCUGACGUCGAACUAGAUACCAUAUCAAUUAACGGCGGAAGCAUCAAAACUACAGAAAUCAACAAUGUUGCAUGUAUUCAAGCCAAAGACCGCACAAGUGGAAGGAUCGAGAUUGCUGCUUGUGUGAGGGUUGCAGAGGUUUCUCAAAUAAGAAUUAAGAGUGAAGGGAUCCCUUUCUACGUGGUAGAUAUUGCUGUUGGUGGUGAACUUGAACUUCCAAUAAAUUUCUAUGACACUUUAGGAAUCGGUUUUCUCGAAGCACAUGGUGUUACCACAUACAACGUUGAAACCAAUCAUCGUGAUGUUGUGUCUAUUAAGACGGUCAAUGACCAAACAAGUAUCUAUAUUAAGGGAAUAAAACAUGGUAAGGCUUUAAUUCGGGUCUCCAUUGGCGGCAAUCUCAGGAAAGCAGACUACGUUCUGGUUUCAGUUGGGGCACAUAUUCAUCCUCAAAAACCUGUCAUUCACACCGGAAAUAUACUGAAUUUCAGCGUUACAGGGGCUGAUCAUCAAGUCUCUGGUCAAUGGGUUUCAUCGAACAGGAGUGUCCUAUCUGUCAAUGCCGUAUCCGGCCAAGCUAAAGCAAUCAGCCAAGGGUCAGCUCACGUUACAUUUGAAGGUCGUGAUUUGAAGCUGCAAACAAAAGUCACAGUGCUACUUGGAAACACCAUAUAUGUUGACUCUCCUAGAGAAACACUAACAAAUGUCCACGUUCCUGAAGAAGGAUAUAGCUUUCCUGUAAAAUUCAGGGAGAAAACGUUUGUGAACGGAAACAGGAACACAUUUAACUGCCAAGUAGACCCUCCAUUUAUAGGAUAUGCAAAGCCAUGGGUGGAUCUUGACUCUGGAGACACUCGUUGUCUUUUCUUCCCAUACUCACCGGAGCAUCUGGUUCACUCAAUUUCUAGAUCAAAAGACACGAAACCGCAUGUGUCCUUAUCCAUUAAUGCUUCAGUUAAAGAAGGUCGACAUGUGUCAGGAUCUGCAUCUGCACUUCUUAUUGGAGGAUUUUCUGUAGCAUGGCCAAACAAGUUGAAUAUAAACCCGGAUUCAAACAAGACCACAAUUUCAGUACUAGGGAACACCGAUGUUCAAAUUCACUGGCAAAACAAAGCAAGGUUAUCGAUCAGCUUGAUCAAGAGAGAAGAUUAUGGUAUGGCAGGGCGUGCACUAUACGAGGUGACUGUGGUAAAAAGAUUAGAGAAAUUCACAGAUAUUAUACUCAUCACUCUCCCUGCUACUGGCCAAAGUGUAGAAAUCGAUUUCUCCUAUGAUACGGGUGGAUCCAUAGUAACGCCGUCUGUGAGAAAGGAUGGAUACCCUCUUUUGUUUAAGAUACUGUGGGGUGUUUUAGUGGUUAUUAUAUCGGUGAUCAUCUUGAUGAAAGUGAUUGAUAGACCAAUUGGUCCAGCUGGAGCCAGUAGAGCUGCGACAAAUGGUGUAGCAACAACAGCAGGAGCACCGGGAACACCUGAAAGAAAAAGUGGUGCAGUGAUAUACCAUGAGGAAUCUCCAAGAACACCAUCACCAUUUAUGGAGUAUGUGAAGAGGACUGUGGAUGAGACUCCUUACUACAGAAGAGAAGGAAGGAGGAGGUUUAAUCCCCAAAAUACUAUGUAGAAUUGUUUCUGUUAUAAGUUGUAAACUCUGUUUUUGUUUGUAAACCACGAAACCUUUGGAAAUGUUUAUAUCAUUUGUGCAUUGUUAUUUCUUGCUCACUUCGGAACGAACUGGAUUCGUUAUUUUCUAAACCAGUUAUUUGGGGUUUUGUUUGAUAAGUUUUUACCUUUUAGAUGAUUUUGGAUAAACUUUAAAAGAGCUGAUUUUAUCAGAUUGUUUGAAUUCAUGAAAAAGUUUGAUUGAGG